AUGGGUAGAGUGAAAAGCGGAUCUAACGUUGAGCUGCGCGGGCGGAAGCGUGUCAGGGACAGUGCAGGGUCCUGUGCUGCCUUCGCUGUCAUGGGCGGCCGGCGCCCAGCUGUCCGAGUCCGGAUGGGGAGCUACGGGGCCCGGAGAAAGGCUGGGGCGUCCAAGAAGGAUUUUGCCCGGUUGCGGCGGAAGCGCGGGUGGCGGCGUGCCCGCGGAAUUGGCUCCAAAGAUGAACUAGCAUCCGGGAAGACGCUGGCGAACCCCUGGUCCCAUGGUGAGAUGGAUCUGGGCGCGCAGCGGGAGCGUUGGGAGACAUUCAGGAAGCGACGGGGCCUCAGCUGCGAGGGUGCUGCCAAGUUCUUGCUGGACACCUUCGAGUUCCCGGGUCUGGUGAACCACACCGGAGGCUGCCACUGCGGCUUGGUGCGCUUUGCGGUCUGGGCGCCCGCCGACCUGAGCGUUCUGGAUUGCAGCUGCAGGCUGUGCAAGAAGAAGCAGCACCGCUACUUUCUCGUCCCGGCGUCGCGCUUCACGCUCCUCCGGGGCGCCGACAGCAUGGUCACCUACCAGUCCAACAAGCACCCGGCCCUGCACAGCUUCUGCAUCAAGUGCGGUGUGCAGAGUUUCCACACCUCUGUCUCUGAUCCGAGCGUUUAUGGCGUUGCCCCGCACUGCCUGGACGCGGGCACCGUGCGCAGCGUGGUCGUCGAGGAGGUUACCUGUGAUUCAUCGGGUGAUGAGGCCACCAAGGAGCCCAAGACCGUCGCGAACAAGACCACCACCUGAACCCCUGCCUCUCUUCAGAAAAUGACCGGC